AUGGCGGACAUGAGAGAGAAGAUGAGCGCCGUCUGCCUAAAGAUCUGCCCGAGAGGGCCCGUCCCCUCCGACGAGGACUCCGGCGAGGAGAAAGUGCAGAUGAAGAGAGAAAUCUCCCUGAUCAACGGCAUCUGUCUAAUCGUGGGCAACAUGAUCGGCUCGGGCAUCUUCGUGUCGCCGAAGGGCGUCCUGAUGCACAGCGCCUCCUUCGGACUGUCCUUGCUCAUCUGGGUACUGGGGGGAGUCUUCUCCGUCUUCGGGGCCCUGUGCUACGCCGAGCUAGGCACCACCAUCGCCAAGUCCGGAGCCAGUUACGCCUACAUCCUGGAGUCCUUCGGAGGCUUCCUGGCCUUCAUCCGCCUCUGGACGUCCAUCUUUCUCAUCGAGCCGGCCAGCCAGGCCGUCAUUUCGCUCACCUUUGCCAACUACCUGGUGGAGGCCUACUACCCCACCUGCUCCCCGCCUCACGACGCCGUACGCCUCAUUGCGGCGGCCUGCCUUUGCAUGCUCAUCUUCAUUAAUUGUGCCUGCGUAAAGUGGGGAACUCUGGUCCAGGACAUCUUCACUUACGCCAAACUCUCAGCCCUCCUUCUCAUCAUCAUGGUGGGAAUCCUCCAAUUGCUGACGGGAGAGAGCGACAGCUUCGAAAGCCCCUUUGAGGGUUCCUCCACGGAUCCCGGAGCCAUCGCUCUGGCUUUCUACUCGGCGCUCUUCUCCUACUCUGGCUGGGACACGCUCAACUUUGUCACCGAGGAGAUUCAGAAUCCAGAGAGGAAUCUGCCGCUGGCAAUCGCCAUCUCCAUGCCCAUCGUGACCGUCAUCUACCUCCUGACUAACGUGGCCUACUACGUGGUUCUGGACAUGCCCUCUCUGCUGGCCAGUGACGCCGUGGCCGUGACCUUCGGGAAUCAAGUCCUGGGACCGUUCAAUUGGAUCAUCCCUGUGUCUGUGGCCAUGUCCUGCUACGGUGGACUCAACGCGUCCAUCAUCGCUGCUUCCAGGUUGUUCUUCGUGGGCGCCCGAGAAGGUCACCUCCCCGACACCUUGAGUCUGAUCCACCUGGAGCGCUACACUCCCAUCCCUGCGCUUUUGUUCAACGGCAUGAUGGGAUUGAUUUUUCUAUGCGUGGAGGAUGUCUUUCAGCUGAUUAACUAUUUCAGCUUCAGCUACUGGCUGUACGUGGGCCUGUCCGUGGCCGGUCUGAUUUAUCUGCGCAUCACCCAGCCGGACAGACCCAGACCUGUGAAGCUGGCCUUGUUCUUCCCGUUCAUCUACUGCCUGUGCAGCCUGUUCUUAGUCCUCGUCCCUUUGUACGGAGACACGGUCAACUCUCUCAUCGGCCUCGCCAUCGCCCUCUCCGGCGUGCCCGUUUAUUACGUGGCCAUCCACCUGCCCGAGGAGAGACGGCCCAAAUUCCUGCGCACGCUAAACGUCUUUGCGACCAGAAACACCCAAAAACUGCUCUACUGCUGCUUGACGCAACCUGACGAGAAAAGACAGUGA